UAUUCCGCUGUAACUGUAUUUCACCGUGACACCAGCUUUGAGCAGCGACGGAGCACCAAAUCGGGCGCACCCACAGCAUCUGUACCAACACAUCACUGCUUCAGAGGCUCUUCUCCUUUCCGCAAGACUGGAUGUGGAAGCAAGCGCACGGCCAGUGGGAAAAUACUCUCAGCCGCACACAUUUACAGGGAAUCGAUUCUGUGAUGACCGUGAGAUUCCACAAGUAAUGUGCGCAACUCUGUGGAUUGCUCUAUUUUUUUUCUCUUCUUUUCUCCUUUCUGCCCAGUUGUGUUUCCUUAUUCAUUGUGCGCCCUAUGAAGAGCAUUAACUAUCCCUCCCUCCAAUCCUAUUGAAAAGGCUCCGAAAAAAAAACAGAGGGAGAUGAGAGCAGCAAAUCCCUUUUUUAUUCCCCUCGUAGCGCUCAAUAACAGAAGAAUGUGUUGCCUAUCAGUCACCGAGGGGAUCAAGUCUUCGGGACUGUCCCACGCGUUCAAUGCGCCGUGCAGAGCAUCACUGAGAGAGACAGAGUGAAGAGGACUGCAGCAGCAGUAGCAUCCUGUCUGGACACUUCACAUCAUUUAGCAACCUGUCUCCACUCAAGAUCCAUUUAAGUCAAUUAGGGCUGCCUGCUUCUCUCACCUUUCAAGUCCUAUCACCGGACUGUGGCGUGCAACGAUGAGGAGUCUGGCGCUGCUGUUGGGGGUGAAAGCCGCCUGCAUCCUGCUGGUGUCUUCGCUCUCAGGCACAGGGGCCGUAAACAACAGCGGCCGGUGGUGGGGUAUUGUCAAUGUGGCCUCCUCAUCCAACCUCCUUACCAAUUCCAAGAACGUGCAGUUGGUCCUGGACCCGAGCCUGGCCCUGCUGAGUCGUCGCCAGCGCCGGCUGAUUCGGCAGAACCCUGGCAUCUUGCACGCCAUCGCCGCUGGGCUGCACACUGCCAUAAAGGAGUGCAAGUGGCAGUUCCGCAACCGCCGCUGGAACUGCCCGACCACCCACAGCCCAGCAGUUUUUGGGAAAAUUGUAAAUCGUGGUUGCAGAGAGACUGCAUUUGUAUUUGCCAUUACCAGCGCAGGGGUGACCCACGCUGUGGCUCGCUCCUGCUCAGAAGGGGCCAUCGAGUCGUGCACAUGCGAUUACCGCCGCAGAGGUCCUGGAGGACCAGAUUGGCACUGGGGGGGCUGCAGUGACAACGUAGACUUUGGCCGGAUGUUCAGCCGUGAGUUUGUGGACUCCAGUGAGAGGGGCAGAGAUCUGCGCUACCUCACCAACAUACACAAUAAUGAGGCUGGCAGAAUGACUGUGUCAUCAGAGAUGCGUCAGGAGUGUAAGUGCCAUGGCAUGUCAGGCUCCUGCACCGUGCGCACCUGUUGGAUGCGCCUGCCCAGCUUCCGCACAGUGGCAGACUUUCUUAAGGACCGGUUUGAUGGUGCAUCCAGAGUUGUUUAUGCCAACAAGGGAAGCAACCGUGCUUCUCACCGAGCCGACCCCCGACACUUGGAGCCUGAAAACCCGGCUCACAAACCCCCCUCUGCCAUGGACCUGGUCUAUUUUGAGAAAUCACCAAACUUCUGCUCCUACAACGGCAAAACUGGCACUUUGGGAACUUCUGGGAGAACAUGCAACAGCUCUUCUCCAGGCCUGGACGGAUGUGAGCUGCUCUGCUGUGGACGUGGGUUUAAGACCCGGACUGAGAGUGUGACUGAACGUUGCAACUGCACCUUCCACUGGUGCUGUCAUGUCAGCUGCUUGAACUGCACCAGUACACGGACAUUACACCAGUGUUUAUGAUCACAGGUGGACAUCAAUGGAAUAUUAAUGCAUAUUUGAUUGGCAAUUGGCUGAGAAAGCCACUAGAACACAGGUGGUUUGAGAUGUUAGAAGCUAGAAAAGCUUCAAGGCGGGUAAACUAAUACAGGGAAUUCUCUCCAAAAAAAAAAUCAGUUUUUGAAAGAGGGAGAUGAAGAAAAGCACAAAUAUAUGAACAGGGUAUGGAGGUAGUAGAUGUGCUUGCAACUUUCCUUUGAUGCUUAACAGCAUUAAGAGGAAAUUUAGACACUCCAGCCAUCAAUGUAGAAUGGAAAUCAUCCGCAUCCCUCAAGUGUUUACACUGUGGAAACAUAAAAUUAGUAAAGGGGCGAAAUGAUGUGGUGAUGAAUCGAUUGCUGUAACCAGGUACUACUAGAGCCUUCUUCUCCUCCACUGAGGGCAGAGACUGGGCACAAUGUUUCACAGAUGUUUCUGUGGCCAGAGAGCCACAAACAGUGGGCUCUCCUAAACUGGUGAAGACCUCUAACAAGAGGGAAGUUUUUUGUGUUCUUUUAAAUCAUUGUUUUUUUUUCUUUGCUGAAUGUUGGAUCCUCUCACAUGAAACUGUGUGAAGUUUAUCUCUAGGGAUGGGCUGUCUUUUCUCAACUUGUGUACUUAGGCCCUGGAUGCAGCCCGACCACUUAUAAUUUCUUCAUCACAUUUGCCCAUUUUAUUUAAAUUUGAUGGGAGCUGAAUAAACCUCAACCCUGAUUUGCCACCAUGAUUGACCACAGGAUGGUCCUGAUGUUACAAGGAAAAUAGAAACUGAUUGAAAAAUCUUACUGAGGCAAUGUAAUUUGAAUGUAUUAUAAAUACACUGAAUAUAAUUACAUGACUUGAUCAGAGGGAUCAAUAUUGAAAAUGAAAUGUGACCUGCAGAAUCUCACCAUGCUCUCAAAAUGAAAACUAAUGCCAUUCUGAGAUGGCAUUGAAGUUAAAAAAAACAACACAAAAUUUCUGUUAAUACAUGAGUGUUGCAUUAAACUGGUCCAGGUUUAGAGUAGGCGUAUACUAUGUGUUUUACUUCAGGAUAGGAUGUAAAAAGCAGAUAACAUUUUUCUUUGCCGAAAACAGCCUCUGCUGUCAGAGAUCAUUCUGAAUAUCAGCUAUGAUAACCAAAAUACUGUAAAUAUUAAAAUAUAUGAAUAUAUUUAUAAUGACGUAAUUUGUAUGUUUUCUGAAUGAUUUAUGCACCUGUCAGUGGCUGGAGAAUAUACUAUCAUUAGUGUCAAGUCAGGAGUUGUUUUAGAUCUUAUGCCUUUUUCUAUUUUGGUGUAAUGUAGCUCACACAAAAUAUCUCUUAUAUACUAGAAACAAAACAUUAUCACGUCUUUGC